AUGAAUCGGUUAAAGCAUCGUAUCUUCAGGAGGCGAAGCGCUAGUUUUACGAAAAUUGAUGAAUUUGCUCAAAGUAAAGAUGGUGAUGAAGAUGAGUGUGAAUCAAAAAUCGCAGCAUCAAGUUCAAAAACGUGGACAAAUAGUAUGGGACGAACUUUAAAGCGAAGAUUGAGCAUUUUUCGGAAGGAUAACGAUGAAAAUGAACGGUAUAGUGUGAUGGAAAAAUAUAUUUCGUAG